UUCCCCGCGCCGAUCUGGUACUUGGUGGCCUGGCGGAGGUCCAUCUCUCGGAGCAGGAAGAGGAGCUCUGGCGCCCGGCGCUAGCCAAGAUGGCCAGGCGCGCUCCACCAUCUUCUGCACCUCCGCCAAGGCCCCCCUCCCUCCACCUCCUCCUGUGGCACUCGUGCCGGCAUGGGCGGCGCCGCCCACGGCCGUUCCUAGGCAGGGCGCGCCCCUGUCUGAGGAGCGAAUCGACGCCUCGCUCAGCGUGGUUCGAGAUAGAGGAAGGAAGAACGAUGGUGGUCUCUAGCGCGCCGGGACAGCGGCCAUGGCGGAAGGUCGCUGUGCUCGAUACUCGGCUAUGCGGGCCUGGAAGUGGGCCUUGUGAUUAGCCGCUUAAUCCAACAUAAAUAAUCAUGUCUACUCCGGGCGUCCGCGCACGAUUAUUUGCGGGGCGGUUGUGGGGCGCCGCAGACGGCCCGAGUCCGCUUGCACCCUGAGCUCAGCCCCAGAAAACCCACGGGACACGGCGCUCGCAGCCACGUCCAAAAGCCACGAGCCCACGACCCGAUCUACACUCGCGCGACGGCGGCGGCGGCGGCGGCUGCUUAUCCAUCCAGCAGAAAAACAGCCUGCAGGACGACUUCUUCUUCCCGGCCGAGGACACUCCUUCCACAACUGGCGGCGCCGCCGCCUCCGCAUCUGACGCCACCGAUACCAAGCUUCUUCCGGCGCCCCUCUUCGCCGGCAGACCUGAAAUUUUCUCUUUUACAUUGAAAAGGUCAAAUUCCGUGAUGAAUACAACUCAGAAAGUUGACCCUGAGGAACCAGCUGCUAGGAUUGCUCAACAAGCCUCACAAUUCAAACGAUGGGGACGAAAACAUCCAUUUGUUCGAUAUGGCCUUCCACUCAUUUCUUUGACAGUGUUUGGUGCCGUCGGUCUAGGUCAUCUUAUACAGGGAGGCAAAGAGGUAACAAAGGAAAAGGAGGAUAUAGAAUGGGAGGUUGUAGAGACAACAAAAGCUCUGAGCCGAACAGGACCAGUGGAAGGGGCAUAUAAGCCUAAGAAUCUCUCACUAGAGGAUGAACUGAAGGCUUUGCAGAAGAAGGUUGACAUAAAUAGCUAUGACUACAAGAGAAUUCCCAAACCAAAUGAAAACAAAUGAAGUAAAGUGUUGCUUACAUCCCGAGGAGUGGGAAACUGGUUAAAAAGCUCCGGAAGGUUUCUUCGUCUUGUUUCUUCAUGAAUUCCUUCGGAUGUUAUCCAAGUAUCAAAACAAGAUCAGGAAGACACUAGCACCAGAGCUUUGUGCUUCGUCAGCCACCAGCUGUAGGAAUCAGUGUUUGUAGCGCAGGAGGCAGCCAUGGCAUACCUAUGAGAUUUUUGUGGUGAUAAACAUAAAGCUUCUUGCUUGGCAGUAUUAGGUGUGGGAAGUGUCGAUGAUACCCCAACCCCAGUAGAGCAACCGAAGAAACUCUACAUAAGCCCCCCGAACGCUAAAAGGUUUCAACUUCCUGAUGGACGGCAUCUGGCUUAUGAAGAAAAAGGAAUUUCAGCUGACAG